UAUCAGCCAUUUUUUCAGUAUCUCAAGAACAGUAUGUCAAUUUUCUAGCUCUGCUCAACCAAACUUCCACUCCUUUCAUUCAAAAGGAUCAUAUGUUGAACUAUCACUAACUCUCUUCUUGAUUCUUGCACCAACCACCACAAAUGUGAAUACCAUGGGCCCCAGAUUCAUCCAUUACCAUUACCAUUAGCAAUAACUCAUCAAUCUUCCAUCACUUUGUUCCACAUUAUCCCACCAAUUAAUUCUAUAUGCUAGGUGCUGUUUUCAUAUGAUACGUGUGUCAUCAAAUUUUGGAAUAUGGAACCAUGAUGGAAGAGGAGCAAACGCUGGUUAAGGGUGGCACUAAUUUGGAGGGGAGUGAGGCCAAACUUGAGCUCACAGUUGAUGAGGUGGUGGAGGAAUAUGUUGGUUCCUUAGGAUUCUCUCAGCUGGUGCAUGUGCUGUUGGUAUCAUUGGCAUGGAUAUUUGAUGCUCAGAGUACUUUGGUGACAAUCUUCACUGAUGCUCAACCUCCUUGGAGGUGCAAAAGUGGAUUGUGUCAAGGUUACAACAACAACAGCAGCAACACUGGUUCUGUAUGUGAGUUGGUACCAGGGACUUGGGAAUGGGUUGGUGGCCAUACUAGUUCCACCAUAGCAGAAUGGAAUCUUGUAUGUGAUAGAAGGUUUCUGGCUGCUGUGCCUGCUUCAGUCUACUUCCUUGGCUCUCUCAUAGGGUCUGGUGUGUAUGGCCACCUAUCUGAUACAUGGUUAGGAAGAAAAAGAACAGUGCAACUUUCCUGCAUCUUAACCUCCAUCACUGCCUUUGCCACCUCUCUGUCUCCAAACAUUUGGACCUAUGCCUUCUUCCGGUUCACCAAUGGCUUUGCAAGGUCAGGAAUUGGCAUAUGCUGUCUUGUGCUCACCACAGAAUCAGUAGGCCGCAAGUGGCGUGGCCAAGUAGGCCAAUACGGUUUCUUUUUCUUCACAGUAGGCUUCCUCACACUUCCCCUUGUGGCCUAUCCAACCAGAACAGAUUGGAGGAGCUUGUACAAAGUCUUGUCCUUUAUUCCACUAGCAUAUGCUGUCCUACUCCUACCUUUAGUCUCAGAAUCCCCACGUUGGCUCCUCAUAAAAGGGAGAACCAAAGAGGCCCUUCAGGUUUUGGACAGGUUUGCAAGACUCAAUGGGAAGCAAAAACUCCCCAGCAACCUCUCUUUAACCGACCCUACUGGAUCAUCAAAUGCUGCACCAUCCACCACCAGUGAAGGUGCUGAAAUAACUCCAAACAAUAGAGAGAAACUUUGGACCACAAAAUGGGCAGCCAUAAGAAUGAUCACUGUUAUGUUAGCUGGCUUUGGAGUUGGCUUUGUUUACUAUGGAGUUCAACUCAAUGUAGAAAACUUGAACUUCAACCUUUAUGUCUCAGUAGCAAUCAAUGCAGUGAUGGAGAUUCCUGCUGUUGUGAUUGGCACCUUUCUCCUGGGGUUUACCAACAGACGUUUGCUGUUAUCUGUGUCCUCUUUCAUAGCUGCAGUGUCCUCCAUCCUAUGCACAUUUUUUUCACACAAAGGAGGAACAUCAAAAGUGCAGAACAAUCAUGGAGGUAGUUGGGUCCAGUUGAUCAUUGAAGGAAUAGGAUUCAUGGGGGCUUCCACAACAUUUGAUAUUUUGUACAUAUAUUGUGUGGAACUUUUUCCUACCAAUGUUAGGAACUUUGCUGUGUCAAUGUUGCGGCAGGCCAUAAUGUUGGGGGCUUCUGUGGCCCCUUUGCUGGUUGUGUUGGGCCGUUUGAGUCCCUCUCUUUCUUUUCUUGUGUUUGGAGGCUUUGCAAUUUCUAGUGGAGUUUUGAGCUUGUGGCUACCUGAGACAAGAAAUGCUCCUCUCUAUGAGACUCUGAAACAGCAAGAGGAGGAAGAGAAACACACUUGGAUCUCUCAUAAUGAUGGUGCCCUUGAGCUAGGAAAAUAAUUCAUCAAAAGGGUCUUCUUCAUGUUAAUUUAUAUACAUUAUUAAUGUAAAGUAUUUUUGUGCAGGUAGCUAUCUGAUCAGAUUUAACCAUUUUAUCAUCAUCUGAUGAUAAGGUAAAGUCUUGUCUGAUAAUGUAUAAAAAUAAUUUAUAUUGAAAAUGUAUAAAAGUUAAACUCUUGUAGAAAUAGAGCAGUAGGGGAAAUCAAAAUCGCAAUGAAACUGCUUGAUUAUCACGACAGUAGCAUCUGAAUCUCAGAUCAGUAAUGUAUUUUUGCUUCUUGUACUGCAAAGAUGCAGAAUAUAAGACCAUCCAUCUGUCAUUGAAGUGUGUAGUAA